AUGGCCGCCAACCCGAGCGAUAUCAUUGCUGCUUUCGUCCCCGACGCCAUCUCCGUUCAGGAAGCUGCCGACAAGCUCGCUGCCCCUGCCCGCCACGCCUUCGAGAAGGACGGCGACCUGGGCAAGACCGAGCAUGAGCUGGAGAGGCUGUGGACCGCCGUCACCAGCGCCGCCGAGCAGACGCCGCACGGCCAGCAGGACAAGCUGGUCGACAUCGUGCGCGCCAUCAAGGAGAUGCCGCAGCCGACCCACGAGUCCAAGAAGCUCGAGAUCUGGGGCGAGGAGCAGCGCUGGGAGCAGCUGCCGCUGUUCGGCGCCAAAGCCCGCGAGGGGCUUGACAUCGCUUCGGACAAGCCCGACGACAGCUUUGUGAACCUCAACGCCUUCUACGCUCGCGUGACCGCCGCCAAUGUGUGCGACCUCAGCCUCUACGCCAUCUGGAUCCUACGCGCCGCCCUCGAAGACCCGGAGGAGGAUGCUAUCGCGACGGAUACAAAGCCUGCAAGCCUGAAGGCUGCUUCGGUGUGGCUUGUCUACGCCGCGGAAACGCUGUCGAAACUGAGCAAGGAGAAGAAGCAAUUCGACGGGAAGAUGGCCAAGCCGGGAAGGAGUCUGUCGAUAUUCAAGGAUGCUCCGGGCUGGGGAGGCUUUUGCGAGGACCGGUGGGAGACUUGGGUGGACCGUCUCACCCCUUUGAACGAGGCAAGCAUCGCGACCGACGCCAAGCCGUUGGUUGGCCAGGCGCUGGAGGCGGCGUCCAAGGUGACCAAGAGCAGUGCUUAA